AUGAAGCUGGAGCCAAAAGAUCCUACCGACUGGCCGGCCGAACGAGCCAAGGACUACCGUGAAUUCUGGGAUCUUCUAUGGGCCGGCUCCUUCGGUAAAUGGGAGGACAUCACGCUUAUCCAACCCAUGCGGUACACGGACGAGAAGCCUCCGCAAGACGUGUACCCCGUGCGAACUCUGCAGGUCUUUUCGGUCAAAGUUGCAGCCAUCGCAGAGGAAUUGGGGUGGCCGCUGGAUGUGUUUGGUAUCGUUGCCGCACGCGACUCGUUGGAUCACAAUCGCAACAUUAUCUUUCGCCGUCAAAGGGAUAACUGCCAAACCAUCGACAGUGAGAAUCGAUGUCUGACACUGACAGGUCCUACCCGUGCUAUUGUUGUUGUGGAUCCUGUUUACUUUGAGGUUGACUUGCAAGUGAAGGGCAGAACUGAAUCUGAGGAUAGAGCUUUGAGCUAUCUAGUUGUUAAUUAUCGUGAAUCUGGCUGUGAAUCGCACAUGUUUAAACGUGUUGACACUAGCAAGCUUAGCACAGUGGAAUUAACAUUGGGUGACAUGGCUGAAUCCGUGGAGGCCACCAUCAGUGUGAAAGUGGUUGAUGGGGAAUGGCCAGAAGGCUUCGGAGGUCUAAUUUCUGCCCGUACUGCCAGUAUCAGUGACAUGGAAAUCAAGUUGCUUGCUUUUGAUAAACUACCAGUUGCAGCUGAUGGCACGAUACAGCUUUCACGCUGUGUUUUGUCUGUCGAAGCUGAUGGAAUGCUGAGAGUCUCUGUCAUGGCAAUGGCAAAUUGUCUGGAGGAUCAAACUGUUGAGGGAGAUUCUAAAGCAUUCAAAGCCAGGGAAGCCUCCAGAAGCACGCGUAUGCUUCAAGUUUGCUCUUGUAAGCUGGAGGUCACCAUCGCAUGGUCUCUUGUCCCGGCUAUGGUCUAG